AUUCUUUUUGAAAUAUCGAUAAUACCCAAAUAUUUUUCGUCUGCAAAUUGUAUUUGUUAUCGUGAGAAAUUUUAAUCUUUCAACUUAUCAAAGUUCACGAACCUGACGCACAAGUUGGUGUGAUCAAUAUUUUGGUGAGGCAUUAUCUCUACCGGCCAAUUCAAUGAUGUCGAAAAUGUGGUUCUGUGUUUUUGUUUGCCUUUUCGGAUGUGCUUCGGCCGCAAAGGUCAUUAUCAUCGGUGCAGGAGCUUCAGGUAUAGCAACAGCAUCCAGGCUCCUCGAACAAAAUAUCACCGAUUUCAUCAUAUUAGAGGCUGAAAAUCGUAUUGGUGGCCGAAUCCACAGCUUUUAUUUGAGUGAUGGUUUUGUCGAUUUGGGCGCACAAUUCGUACAUGGCGAAAGAGGGAAUAUAGCAUAUACCCUGGCGAAAGACUAUGUGGUACAUAAUCCAGAGAUGAAUGAAGUGGCUGUUUACUUCGAAGGUACAAAAAAGACUGGAGAAAAUUUACAAAGUAUAGGCAAACAGUUGUAUUAUGAAGUAUCAGAACAUGCUCCUUACGAAAACUUGUCCAUAGGAGAUGUCUACUUGUCAAGAUAUAAUACUACAGUGCUCACCAAGUACAAGGAUGAUCCAGAAAUGACCAGUUAUGCGAAUUUUCUACUGAAAAACUUAGAAGCUGCUGUACUUGCCCUAGAAGGUGCUUUCGACUGGUUCAAAGUGAGCGCUCAAUCAAGUUUUCACGAAGCAGAUGGAGACCAAACACUGUCUUGGAAUGGCUUAGGAUAUAAAACGAUUCUCGAUAUUUUACUCAAAAACUUUCCCAAUCAAACUGGUUACAACAUUAAUGAUAAAAUUUUUCUCGGAAAAUCAGUCAAUAAAAUAGCCUUGAAAGAAACUUCCGUCGAAGUAACAUGCAAAGAUGGUUCCGUAUAUACUAGCGAUCACGUUGUUUUCACGCCAUCUCUUGGUGUUCUGAAGAAUCGUCAUAAAGACAUUUUUCAACCUGAAUUGAGCCCUGAGAAAGUGAACGCUAUUGAGAACUUGGGAUUCGAUGGGAUUAUGAAAAUUAUCCUUGAAUUUCCUCAGGCCUGGUGGAAAAAGGAACGGAAUUUCCUCUUCGUUUGGAAUGACAAAGAUAUUGAAGAUUUGAAAAGGGAUAUUCCUUUUGGGCCUAAGACAGAUGAUGAUCAUUGGUUAAGUUGGUUCGGUUACUUCGGAAUAGCUCCAAAUAAUCCCCAUGUCAUGAUUGGUUGGUAUAGUGGUCCUUUCGUUGAAGAAGUAGAGAAAUUAAGUGAAGAUCAAAUAGGGAAGGCUGUUUUUUAUACAUUGCAGAAGCAUUUAGGAAGAGAUUAUAACGUCACCAAACCUAGAACAGUUAUCCAUUCCAAAUGGCGUACGAAUCCAAACUUCCGUGGUACAUAUUCUUAUGAAACUGUUCAGUUGAGGAUGAAGAAUAUUACGUCAGCGCAUGAGAAACUUUCGGAACCAGUAGAGGGAGGGGAUGGUAAACAAAGAAUCCUUUUUGCUGGAGAGGCUACACACCCUUCAAGAUUUUCAACAGUGGACGGCGCUAUUGGAUCUGGAUUCAGAGAAGGUGAUAGAUUGGUUAAUAUGCUGAAGUAACUCAAUGGAAAAUUAUUGUACGUGAUUAGGUAAUGAAAUUAAAUGAAUUUUCACAC